UGCUCGAUCUUUACUCAAACAAAUAAACACUCUCACAUAAUAUAAAGUCUUAAUAAGGGUUCGUUCAUAUUUUAAAUCAUCUCUUAGAGAAAUAAUUAUGAUUAGCUUAGAUGAUAUAUAUAAGGUCAUAGUAGCCACGGUUCCACUCUAUGUAGCCCUAAUCUUAGGUUAUGGUUCGGUCAAAUGGUGGCACCUAUUUAAGCCCGAUCAAGUCGAUGCCAUAAACCGACUCGUUUGUUACUUCACCCUUCCUCUAUUCAACUUAGAUUUCACUGCACAUAGUAAUCCCUUUAAAUGGAACUAUAAGUUCCUAGCCGCGGAUGGCAUAUCUAAAGUCAUCAUAGUCGCGGUGUUAGCCCUUUGGGCUAGGUGUAGUAGUAAAGGAAGUUAUUGUUGGUCGAUAACUAAUUUUUCUCUGUGUACACUAACUAGCUCACUUGUGGUUGGGGUGCCCUUACUAGGGGCCAUGUACGGUCAAUUAGGUAUCGACUUAGUUGUUCAAUUCUCGGUUAUUCAAGCUAUUGCUUGGCUUACGGUGCUUUUAUUUGUUCUUGAGUUUCGUCAAUCUAGGUCAGAUUUUCCUAGUACUAUGAAUUGUAGUACAAGUUUAGUGAGGGAUCCUCCUCAAGUUCAUUCUCUUGAGAGUUCUCAGAACGAUUUGGAAGGAAAAAUUACUAAUAAUGAUGGUUUAGUGGAUGUUAAAAGACCAUCAUUAUGGUCUUUGAUGAAGGUAGUUGGGAAGAAAUUGCUUGCUAAUCCUAACUCUUAUUCUUGCAUUGUAGGCAUUGUUUGGGCGCUUUUUGCUUGCAGGUUCAAUUUUCAAAUACCAAGCAUUGUUGAUGGAUCUAUACUUAUUAUGUCAAAAGCUGGGACUGGCACUGCUAUGUUAAGUAUGGGCAUGUUCAUGGCUUUGCAAGAGAAGCUAAUCGCGUGUGGACCAAAACUGACCAUAUUUGGGAUGAUACUGAAGUUUGUAGCUGGCCCAGCUGCCAUGGCUAUUGCUGCUCUUGCUGUUGGUUUGCAUGGUGAUGUCCUUCGCAUAGCUAUUAUUCAGGCGGCAUUGCCACAAUCUAUUACCUCAUUCAUAUAUGCCAAAGAAUAUGGACUACAUGCGGAUGUGCUUAGUACUGCGGUGAUCUUCGGAAUGAUGGCAUCACUUCCAAUUUUGAUAGCGUAUUAUGCGAUUCUACAGACAUUACAUUCUUUAUAAAGUACUUUUAAUUUGUACCAUAAAGGUUAUAUUGUACUCCAUAAUUAAUAUGGAGAGAUUUUUUCUCUAUCUAUGUACCUCAGUAUAAUAAUACACCAAAAUCACAUUAUAAUUAAUGUAAAAUUAUUUUUAACUCCUAAUGAGAUUGAGCAUGCACAUUACACAAAGUACGUCUUUUAAAUCGAUUAACCAUAGAGUUUGUCAUCACUCUUCAGGCUAGCUACUUCAAAUUUAGUUAUGUAUUUCCACCGCAUGUAUAUAAAUAAGUACUUCCUACGUCUUAUAUAUUGUAUACUAGGUUAUGUCCCGUGCCAUGCACGGUAAUAUAUUAAAUAAAAUUAUUGUUGUAAUAGGUAGUACAUAACAUUCUGUCACACAUUCUGGCACACAUUGUGGCACAAUUAUGUUAAAAAUCUGAUUUAAUAUUU